AGCUGAAAUGGUUUCUGCAUUGGAUCAAAACGGCCCGCAGUACUUGCAAAACCCAAUCGUUAUCGCAGCAGAUUGGAUUGGGUUCAUUGCCUUAUUUGGAUCUUCUCUUGCUGUAGCAUACAAACUUGUUACUUUCAAAGGACCAGACCAAGAUGAUGUCUACUUCUUUGGAUACCGUGAGGAAAAGAUGAUCUCGGUGUUCGUGAAUCUCUUUGCAGCUUUAGCAUACUGGGCAAAAUUAGCGUCACAUGCCAAUGGAGAUGUCGGGCCCGCAGCGUCAGUGACAACCUACAAGUAUCUGGACUACUUGUUCACCUGCCCGCUCCUCACCAUCGAUCUCUUGUGGUGCCUCAAUCUCCCCUACAAGUUCACCUUUGGCGCCAUCGUGGCUGUGUGCAUCUUGUGCGCCUUCAUGGCCUCGGUCAUUCCUCCGCCGGCCCGUUACAUGUGGUUCGGCAUGGGCAUCACCGUCUUCUCUGCAGCAUGGUUCAACAUCUUGAAGCUCGUGCGCAUGCGCCUCGAGCAGUUUGUGAGCAAAGAGGCGAAGAAGGUCCGUCAGUCCCUCAAGGUUGCCUGCAUGACUUACUUCUUCAUCUGGCUCGGAUACCCUACCCUGUGGGUGCUCGGCGACGCUGGCGUGCUCGACUCAGUGGUUUCAGCUUUGUUGCACACGUUCUUAGACGUUUUCUCCAAGUCAAUUUACGGCUUUGCCCUGCUGCACUUUGUGAUGAGAACCGACAAGAGAGAGUUCAUCUUCGUGCCUCUGAAGCCUUCGGUUGAGAAGAUCGUGGUCGAAGACGACGAAUCAACGAGCUCGCGAGCCGAGUCGACGCGCGCGUCCAAGUCCAAGAUCAUGAUCGGCUCGAGGGUCAAGAAGUUGCGGAGCUCAGCGACUGAUGAGCUACGACCGAGCGCGACAAACAUGAACCCCUGGCUGAACGGGUUGCCGAAUGGAUUGUCGAUGGGAGGAAGCAUGGGAAGCAUGGGAGGAAUGCCCGGCAUGCCCGGAGGAAUGGGUGAUCACGGACUUGAAGACGUAGAGAUGCACAAUCAGUCGGCACAGCAGCAGUAUCUGGCAACCCAGGAGGAGAUCAAUCAAGUGAAUAAGCAGCUCCAAGACCUCUUGAUGCGUACUGGAGGAGCGGGUCGCUCGAUUUGAAAGCAAGGAUGCUUGUAAGAUAUAUCACCUCGAGGAACCGCAUUGGGUUGUGGCCUGAGCUCCACGUUUUGACGAUUUGACUUUGAUGGAACCCAGUGUCAGAGAGGGAGAAAUGCUCCAAUCUGCUCCAAGUUGCCGACAGAUGUUUCAAGUUUUGUGUUAUUUACCAUGUGAAGGAUUAAAUUAUAUACUCUG